GGGUGUCGUUGGUGACUACCACGAUCACGUCGAUGUAGGUUGCAUUCGUAGUGCGUGUGUGUUGCAAUCUAUUUAUGUUCUUUUCAUUUGAGCGUUCCCUGUUUGGGUGUCCACAAAGGAAUCACUUAAACAGGUGUUACAGUUGCAUUGUGAGGUGAUCUACUCAUGUCAGUCUUGCAUGAUAGCUCUCGACGGCGACAGGACACCAGUAUGAACAUACUUUGUUUCGUUGGGAUCUGUGUUUUGUUAUAUGGACCGCUGAUCUCAGGUGCGUGCAACGUGACGCUCCAUGCUCAGAGGGAACCGUUGAAUUUCACAUCACCUAACUACCCAGGCCACUACAGAAAUAAUGACAACUGUUAUUGGGAUAUCUACCCUGAAACACGAGGCUACAGGGUUGUACUCGAAAUGGUGUAUUCCAAUAUCGAAAGUUCCUCCACCUGUGCACAUGACGUCCUCACUAUAUACAUCAUAAAUAAUGAUAAUCAAAGAAGAGGCUAUUGGCGUAGGAUCUGUGGAACAAGCAGAUGGAAUAUUCUCAUCAAGAAAGACCAACAUCAUUUCCAUGUAGUGUUCAAGACUGACAGCAGUGUAGCCAGAAGUGGUUUUCUAAUUAGAUACUAUGAAAAAACGGGUGAAGGAUUGUGUGGUGUACCUCUCGUAGCAACUUCUGCCGGAAAGACAUUUACCUCCCCUGGAUACCCAAACGCCUACUUCCUGCGUCAGACUUGUAUAUGGACUAUUACAACGGAACAUCAAAACCAAACCAUUCAACUGGACACCAUGGACUCGGUACUUCAGAACAUCUCCUCUCGUGGAACUUGUGACAGGGAUUAUGUCACUGUGUACAACGGCCAGUACGGUUCCUACCAGCUCGGCAAAUUCUGUGGUAGCGAAAGACCUGUUUUUAUCAGCGUGGGGAACGCCUUGAGUGUUCGACUACGAACUGAUUCCUCCGGAAUAUACAAAGGAUUCAAGAUGCUAUACAAAGCUAUACUGGCAACAACGUGCAAAGUCGCGCUUCCCGCAGGUUACAGUCCGAUGGUGAUUGUCUCCCCUGGCUAUCCAAACAACUACGUAAAGGGAUUGGACUGUCAGUGGACUAUGAAUGCGCCUGGAAGCCUGAUCACAGUGAGAGUUUUGUUUCUUGAUUUGGAAAAGGUGUCAUCGUGUGUGGCUGAUUAUCUACUGUUCAAAGAUGGUAUGCCAAGCAAUCUUCAAUUAUGUACGACCAACGACGCUCGCCAACUGGCAAAGAUUUGUGAACGUAGGUCUGUUCCCAUCGUCAGCUCAAGUAACCAUAUGACCAUCAUGUUUCACUCAGAUCUUGCUGGCUCAGGAGGAGGCUUUCGUUUGCAGUACUCAUCUGAGAGACUGCAUGUUUCUGACUGCGGUAGUUCAAUGCUCAGCGCCAGCAAAUAUUCCUGGAGGUCUUUGUCAUCCCCUGGGUACCCAUACUACAACUACAACAACAAUAUGUACUGCAAGUGGACAGUCUUUGCACCUGUUGGAUAUAAAGUAACGGUUGAAGUUGAAACUAUUUCUAUGGAUUACGAUUCAUCAUGUUCUAAUAACUACGUGCUCUUCACAGAUGGUUACCAGUCUUACACCAGUUGGUUGGGUACAUAUUGUAGUAACGUCACCGGCUACAUCGUCAGCUCCCGCAACGCCAUGACCAUCACUUUCCGCACUGACAGUUCUAUCACAGACAAAGGAUUUUCUCUGAAAUACAUUGCGUUGACGAAAGAGUGUGGCGAAGAUGAUACGAUAAGCUAUGAGACAAAAUAUAUUGAAUCACCGAAUUAUCCUCUGUCCUAUCCCGACAAUGCAAACUGUGAGUGGACAAUCAGCACAUCCAUUGAUGGAUAUGUAAUCCAUGUUGAAGCGGUGAAUUUCAACAUUGAGCACGACAGCAGCUGCUCCGUUGAUUAUGUACGGCUGUACGAUGUCACGAUUUAUGAAACCUAUAUCGGUCGAUGGUGUGGAAGAGAUGGACCAAAUACAGAGACAGCAGGGCAGACAAUGAAGGUUAAGUUCCACUCCGAUGGUUCUACUUCCCUUUCGGGAUUUAAGUUGUCCUUCACUGCCGGCGAACCAACAUAUAGCUCUGCCGCGUCCACAAACAUCCCAGCCAUACUUAGAGGUGUAUUUGGCGGUAUCACGGCUGUGGGUAUUGCAACCUGCUGCUGCUCUGGACUUUGUUUCAGGAAGAAAUCCAGUCCCAACGACCAACAAAAGAGGAAUAGAUCAUAUGAAGGCACCGUCUAUUUCAUCAACGUCCCCAGCAACCCGCAAACUACGUCUACUGCUUCUAUUGCUCUGCCGUUCAUGUUUCCACCACCUCCUUCUUACAAUGAUGUCGUGAAGGAUGAUCCCCCACCAUACUGUCAGGCAGUUCCACUAUCAGACAUACAGCCUAUUGUCACGCCAUCCACUAGCGGUACAUCUGAGCAUCAAGGGAUAGAUAACCCAGCAGGCCCCAGUUGAGUGACAGUUUCACAUGACGUACAUGUUUAACCUAACGAGCUUAAUAGCAGUUAAUCUAGUCUGUCUCACAGUCCCUGAACCACAUUUUUCCCUACUGCCAAGCCCUCUCUGCAGUGCUAAAGCCCUAAAUAAAGCAAG